AUGCACCUCCAAGCUCACCUUCCCCGUAGUGUAUUAACCACGGCCGUUUAUGCCUCCAUUGCCCUGUCAGCCUCGGUUCCCUCAACCGAUAGUUUUGAUGUUCUGGACUAUGUCGACCCUUUAAUUGGGACGGCCAAUGGAGGCCAUGUAUUCCCUGGAGCAACGUUACCUUUUGGAAUGGCCAAGUCUGUUGCCGAUACAAUAGGCGAGAAUCAGGCUGGAUUCGCAUCUGAUACUACCUUCGUCACUGGUUUCUCCCAUAUGCAUGAUUCUGGCACUGGCGGCUCUCCAUCUUUGGGAAACUUUCCGAUAUUCGCCCAGCCCUCUUGCCCAAAUGAUGAUAUCAACCAAUGCAAAUGGCAGCUCAACGAUAGAGCAGUGGCUUGGGAACAGAACUCGGUCAAGGCCCGUCCGGGGUAUUUUAGCAUAUCGUUGGCAAACGGUGUGCAGGCAGAAAUGACGACAACUAAUCGAUCUGCUCUAUACCGUUUCACCUUUGAUGGGUCAUCCGACUCGCUGAGCCCAGUAGUGCUGGUGGAUCUGAUAGACUUGCCUCAGUCUCGCACCAAUGGAACCGCCGACGUUGACCCCUCUACUGGCCGCCUAACCGGAAAUGGUACUUUUAAUCCCAGCUUUGGCAUCGGGAGCUAUAACCUUCAUUUCUGUGUCGACUUCAAGGGUGCAGAGCUUCGUGAUACCGGUGUUUGGACCAAGAAUCGGGCCAGUAACACCAGUCAAACUGUUUCUUUGCUGGGUGAUGGCACAAACACUCCCGACACCCUCUCAGCCGGGACAUUCGCUCGAUUUCAUAGCCCUCAAGACAACACGAUUCUAGCUCGUGUGGGUGUGAGUUUCAUGAAUGUCAACCAAGCGUGCGCGAAUGCCGAGCGGGAGCAACCCAACUUUGACUUUGAGGGCACUAGAUCUGCCGCCGAAGCUGCUUGGAGGAAGAAACUGAGUGUCGUGUCUGUUGACGCAGAAGGAGUAUCCAAAGAUCUGCAAACAGUGUUCUGGAGCGGAGCAUACCGGUCUCUCAUUAGUCCUCAGGAUUAUACCGGUGAGAAUCCUCUAUGGGAAAGUGAUGAGCCGUACUACGACAGUUACUACUGCAUUUGGGACUCAUACCGCAGUAUUCACCCUCUAUUGACAUUGGUCGACCCUCUUUCGCAAUCCCUGAUGAUGCGAAGCCUUCUCGAUAUUUACCGCCAUGAGGGAUAUCUUCCUGACUGCCGAAUGUCCCUCUGCAAAGGCUAUACUCAGGGAGGUUCCAACGCCGAUGUCCUCAUGGCCGACGCGUACCUCAAGAGGGUCGAGGGAAUCGACUGGGACACUGCUUACGAGGCCGUUGUGAAGGACGCAGAAGUCGAGCCCGCGAACUGGAAUGUCGAGGGACGUGGUGGUCUGCACAGUUGGAAGAGCCUCGGAUACAUUCCCACAGAUGAUUUUGACCCUUACGGGGUAGGCACUCAUACACGCAGCAUCUCGCGGACGGUGGAAUAUGCAUACAAUGACUUCUGUAUUGCCGAGAUUGCGAAAGGCAUGGACAAGCAAGCGGACUACGAGAAAUAUGGUACUCGUUCGGGUAACUGGGCACACAUGUUCAAAGCAGAUCAAAAGUCCAGCAUCAAUGGCGCCGACACCAACUUCACUGGAUUCUUGCAGCCUCGCUACACGAAUGGUACUUGGGGCUACCAAGAUCCAAUCUUCUGCAGUCCCCUGCUCAAUUUCACGUCCUGCUAUUUGAACCCCGAUGGCCAUGAGACCUACGAAGGAAGCUCCUGGCUUUAUACCUUCUACGUCCCACAUGAUAUGGGAGCGCUCAUUAAAACUCUUGGUGGCGCAGAGGAAUUCACGUCACGAUUGCAGUUCCUUCACGAAUCUGGUCUCCUCUACGUGGGUGAUGAGCAAGCAUUCUUGACCGUCUUCCAAUUCCACUAUGGUGGACGGCCUGCUCUGUCCGCCAAGUAUAGCCACUUCUACAUCCCGUCUCAGUUUAAUACCACGACUGCGGGUAUUGCUGGGAACGAUGACAGUGGUGCCAUGGGCUCAUUCGUGAUGCUGAGUAUGAUGGGUCUCUGGCCUGUUCCUGGACAGGACGUCUACCUGAUAACACCACCAUACUUCAAGGAAGUGAGCAUCAAGAAUGCGAUCACAGGUAAAACUGCCACCGUUCGGAAUGUGAACUUCGAUGCCAGCUACAAGUCAAUCUAUAUUCAGAGUGCAAAGCUGAAUGGUGAGACAUGGACAAACAAUUGGCUCACUCAUGACUUCUUUACCAAUGGAGGUGUUCUCGAACUGGAGCUGGGCGCAACUGAAAGCAAAUGGGGAACUCAAACAGAGGAUCUUCCUCCCAGCCUGAGCAACUAUCAUCAGUAA